CCGCCCCGGCUGCGCGCACGCGCGGCGCAGCGAAAGAUGGCGGCGGCCGCGCUGUGCUGGGCGCUGAGGGCAGCUCGGCAGGUUCUCCCCUCGCCCUGCACAAGGCAGGCGCGGAGCUACUAUGUGGACUGGAGGAUGCUGCGGGACGUCAAGAGAAGGAAGAUGGCCUAUGAGUAUGCAGACGAGAGGCUGCGGAUCAACGCCAUCCGGAAGAAUUCCAUCCUUCCCAAGGAGCUGCAGGAAGUGGCUGACAAGGAGAUCGCUGCCCUGCCCCGGGACAGCUGCCCUGUGAGGAUCCGGAACCGGUGUGUCCUGACAUCGCGCCCUCGAGGGGUUAAGCGGCGCUGGAGGCUCAGCAGAAUUGUUUUCCGCCACUUUGCUGACCACGCUCAGAUGUCAGGUGUACAGAGAGCCAUGUGGUAAUAAUCACCACGUGGAUGUGCAUUCAGGCAGAAGAAACAGACCAGGCUCGUUUGUGUGUGUGAUUAAAACAAGACUGUCCCGCCUCGGAGUCCAGCAUCAGUGUCAGUCUAGUAAGGGAAGGACAAAAAGUUGUGUGCUGAUUCAUUAAACUCACGGGAUUGCAACUGGUAUCAGCUGACAAGCAGCAGCACAACUGCACUGAACGGGCCUGGGUGAGAGGCAGUUGGGGAAAAAAGUCACUACGUGAUGUCUGCAAAGCUAAGCUGAGGUAUGUGCUAUGGGCAACAUUAGAAAUAAAGACAUACAGCACAA